AUGUGUGACUUGAGUGAUCCUCGUAUUGUUGAAGCUUAUACUUCAAUUGUCGAAGAGGGAACCGCGGAUUGGUUACUUCUCGGUUACCAUGACACUCGAGACGUUAUAUCCUUGUACUUUUCAGGCUCUGGAGGAUUAGCUGAAUUCCGUAAUCACUUGAGUGACGAAGUGCUGUAUGGAUUUGUUAAAGUAGAUGAUCGAUUUAUAUUAAUUACAUGGGUAUCUGAACAAGUUAGUGGCGUGAGAAGAGCACGAGCGCUUGUACACAGUCGAUCAGUCGCAUCUUUACUAAAACUGCAUCAUGCACAGCUUACUGCUUCCAAUAUAAACGAUCUCAGUGACGCCAAUAUCCGUACGCGUCUUAAAUUAGAUGAUCAGGAACAACAACAACAACUGUCUGGUCGCAAAUCAUCUGCUUCUCUGUCAGAGCAAAGACAAAAGAGACUAUCUCGUCAAAAAACCAAUAAUCCUCCAUCAACACCCACUUCGCCCACAGUACAAAAAAAGCCAUCGUUGGAAGAUGAUUUUGUUGAGGCGAGCGAAACACUUCCAUCAGAAGACGGUGCAAAGGUAGAAAUUGAUGACGACAUGAUUAUUCAGCAACAAGAGGAAGAGAGAAAAAAGAGGGAACUAGAGGCAGCCAAGAAACAAGAAGAAGAGAGAAAAGCCGCAGAAGCAGCCGCAGCGGCAGAGGCUGAACGAAGACGUAUUGCUGCAGAGAAGGAAGCAGAGCGACAGAGAAAAGCCGCUGAAAAGGAGGCAGAAAGGCAACGACUUAUUGCCGAAAAGGAAGCAGCAAGAAAGGCAGAGGAAGAAAGAUUAAGAAAAGAAGCAGAAGAAAAACGACAGUUGGAAGAAAAGAAACGAUUACAACAAAAAUUAUUAGAAGCAGAAAAGAAUAAGGAUGUUAUCCUUUCAGGCUUUGUCUCUGUUCAACCUAACGGAAGUCCAUUUUGGAGACGUAGGUACUUUACGAUUAAGGGAAAAGCAUUAGCUUUUUAUAGAGACGAAUUGAGCACAACACCCAUCCAAGUCCUUGACCUGAGCAGUGUGACAAGAUUAAAUAGCGUGGAUGUUGAUGUUGAAACUUUUGUACCAAAUGCAUUUGUAUUAGAAACACGGCAAGAUGGAGCUUAUCAGCUAUUUGCAGACGAUAAAAAGGGACGAGAAACAAUUCUUACUGCCCUUCAAACUGUUAUUUAA